GCCGUCGCAAGCGCCGCACGCGCCGCGCGGCAUUAGUUUUCCCACACACGGAAAAAUUGUGUCGCGAGUGCGUUUGAACCUUAAAAAAGACCCUGUGCCUAUUCACCCAAUGAAGGAUUAUGUGCAUGGCUGACAAGUGCUUCAACUGUGAUUUCCUCUACGUCAGUGCCCCCGGCCCUCCCUCUCUACGUUAACCCUUACACGAAUCACUAUGGAGUCGACGCCGUACGUGUCGGCCCAUUGGCUGUCAGCAUUUGUUCUUCUUUGCUCAUUCUUCUCUACACACACACUUAACACAAAGAUUCAUGAACACAUGACCCCAGACGAGCUACGGAGCAUCUUCCACGUGGAACAUCACACGAUGGUACCAGAGUACCACCUCGUCCAGCUCACACAUCACCUCUCCAGGCGGCACGUCUCAUCAGGACACCAAGCCAACACCAUAGCCCAGGGCAAGAGCAAAAUACCCCACGAGAAGACUAACACAUGGAAAACGGAGACCAGCCCACCUUCUUUGCUGAACGACGAGAUGUUUGUUAAAGCAAAAAAGAAUAUUAAAGAUGUAGAUAUAAUUGGAGACUUGAAUAAUACAGUGAGUGUCGAUUUUAAGGUGUCAAAUUCAAGUGAAAUUAGUGACAGUGAUGUGUUAAGUGAUCUUGAGAGGAUGGUCGAAGGUCAGGAGUUGGAUGUGCAUAAGAUUGACCUUGAGGCCUUCGGACGACAACUCAAGCUGGUGCUGAAGAAACAAGAGGGAUUGUUGAAGAAGGAAGGUUUGAGGAUGUGGAGGGCUCACCAGAAUGAGUCGCAGCCACAUGGUGUGGAUUACGAAGAGUUGGAAUCGGAAGGUGAAGAAGACGUUGGUGACUUGUACCAGGAUGAGGAGAAUGGAGCUGCCCUCCUUAUCAGAAGACACCCCAAACACGGCAAAUUAGUUGUGGAAGGCUCAAUCGGUCACGAUUUGGUGAUUCGUCCCAUCCCCGACUCGAUGACGGCGGCCGCGCAGGACGAUGAGAUGUUCAUGGAUCCUUCCAGCAUGGCUGAUAUGGUAUCUAUUGAUACUGGACUGCCUUUAGUAAAAAGAAAAAGAGAAGAUCAACAAAGGUUAACACAGGCGCUUAAUGGCGCCCAACAUGUGAUCAUCAAGAGAGACCCCGCCGACGCAGAACACGAUCACUUAGGAGAUUACGCAUUCAUGGAACCAGAUCAUUUGGGAAAGCGAUUCAGAAGGAAACGCUCGACUGAGUCUCAUUCCAGACGGAAAAGAGAAGCACCCUACGUAAUUUAUCCUGAAAUUCUGGUCAUCGUUGAUUAUGACGGCUAUAGGUUACAUGGUGGCGACAACGUCCAGAUAAAACGUUACUUCGUAUCGUUCUGGAACGGCGUGGACCUCCGAUACAAACUGCUGAAAGGACCCAGAAUACGGAUAUCCAUCGCCGGUAUCAUUAUUUCUAGGGGUCGGGAUGCUACACCAUACCUUGAAAGAAAUCGUGUUGGGCGCGAUGCGAUUGACUCAGCAGCGGCGCUCACUGACAUGGGCAAGUAUUUGUUCAGAGAGCGACGCUUGCCCGUGUACGAUAUUGCCGUUGCAAUCACCAAACUAGACAUGUGCAGAAGACAAUAUCCCAACGAUGCGUGCAAUAGAGGGACAGCAGGUUUCGCGUACGUCGGCGGCGCUUGCGUGGUGAACAAGAGACUUGAGAAGGUCAACUCUGUUGCAAUCAUUGAGGAUACCGGUGGCUUCUCCGGCAUCAUUGUCGCUGCUCACGAAGUUGGACAUUUACUAGGAGCAGUCCACGACGGUAGUCCCCCACCCUCAUAUUUAGGAGGCCCCGGAGCUGAGAAGUGUAGGUGGGAGGACGGAUACAUCAUGUCAGACCUGAGGCACACCGAGAAAGGAUUCCGGUGGUCACCCUGCAGUGUACAGAGCUUCCAUCACUUUUUGAAUGGCGACACAGCGACCUGCCUGUACAACUCCCCCCACGAGGACGACUCACUCCCGCGCGUGCUGCCCGGACGACUGCUGACCUUGGACGCUCAGUGCCGGAAGGAUCGAGGCACGAGCGCAUGUUUCAAGGACGAGCGAGUGUGUGCGCAACUGUUUUGUUUCGACGCGGCCAGCGGGUACUGCGUCGCUUACAGACCUGCCGCCGAAGGAUCGCCUUGUGGUGAUGGACAGUAUUGUAUAAACGGUCGGUGUAUAACCGAACACGAGAACAUAAUCCCCGACUACUCGCAACACACGCCGAGCUACGUGCGGCCGGAGACGAGCCCCUUCUAUGGAAAUAUCACCAGUAACGAUGGAACGACACAGCCGUACGUAGCUAGUACCUCGGCGCCAACCCCACAAACCACAAAAUAUAAGAGCACAGAAUACACUACAACUACAACUAGUACUACAACGACAACCACAACCACAGAGAAACCAUACUUCCAGUUCACGACAAGGAAACCAUUCCAGUUCUUUACCACUAGAACAACGAGUUCAACACCAACAAGUAUCACAUACCCACCUCCAGUAAACAAAUACUCGAUCACAUCAACGAAAAGUCCCUACGACUUCAAGGACUUCACGACUCGAUCUACUACAACCACUUCGACCACAGAGAAAAGAGGUUUCUACAAAAAGGAGGACUUUGACGGCUUUUUCAGACGAUCCACGACGAAAAGUCCGUAUCAAGAUAAAAGUAUAAAGUCCGUUUUCAAAUUCGGUACUUAUUAUUCGCAAGCCAAGUCCAGUGAUAACUCUAUAAGGCCUGAUGCUAAUUCGCAGCAAGUUCAAAUCGAACCGGCGAGGUUAACGUUCUCGUUUCGAAGGAAUAUGACUACGGGAGAACUAGUUCGACUCUAAGUUGCCAAUAUUUGCAGCCGCCACUAACGCUAGGAGCGGGCCGAGCCUUGAAGACUGUCUCGCUGGAACGACGCGACUCCCCCAACGACCCAGUAGCGGCGCCUACAAGGGCACAGGGCAGUCCUCGUCCAGUCCCAAACACAUUACAGAUUGUGAACCGCACACACCCACGUCACGAACAACGACAUCACCUCUACAAUUCGUAUAAUUAUAAUAUCAGUGUAAUACUCGAACUUAAUAGGUAAUUUUGGUAGUAAGUAGCUGUAAUAAGAGCAAGCAGACCAAGAUAUUUGCUUGUUUUUAUUCCGAAAACUCUUUGACACGCGGGAGUGUGCGUUUUGUGUGUGAAAUAAAUUGUGUCCGAAGACAAUGCUUUAUGAAAGUGUCGGACACAGUUCCGUGAGUGAUAUUACAAUGUGAUUGUGUUAUUAAUGAACUUAUAAGUACACUAGAAUAUUAGGAACGUUAGGAGCUGCGUCCAAGUGUGCUGCGCUCGGUACGUCGGUACCCGCUACUUGGACAACGAGAAAUACUCUUAGCUUUGAGUUUUAAAGGUUGUAAAAUAUCAUCAAUGUUACAUAAAUAAAAGAAACUGCCACGAAGUGCCUUUCAUACAGUAAUUAUUAAGAAAUGUUAAAAUAAGAUUUAUUUUUUUAUUUUUUGUUUUAAAACUGACUUCAAGAGCGACUGGUUCGCGGUCUUUUGAAAUUAGGUUUACUCUUUAUUUUAAGUAAAUUUUACAUUAUACAAAAACUUCAAUUGGUUUUUUUGUUCUUAUGAAAAAUUCAAUUUGUUAUAAUUUAAGCUGUUUUUAAUGUCUAAAAUUAUUUAUGAAGAGAUAUUAAAUCUUUAAUAAAGUUACCAAUAGUGUAAAAGUCUACAUUGUAAUUCGGUUGUAUGGAACAUGCCUUUAGGAGAACAAUUGUAUUGUAACUUGGACAUCACUUGCCGUUGAUAUACCUAUUUAUUGUAUUCAAACUAUUUAUGUAUAAAAGCCUUAUAAUCCUCCAAAACUGUCUAAAUUUUAAGGAAAAAAUAUAGACAAUAACGAAUACGAAA